UGUUCAGCAAAAUACAGGAAACGUUGCUUGUGGACGUAAAUGUUUCCAAGAUCUGCAACCGUUUGUAUUUGAAGCUUUUCAUACAUGUAUUGCACUAGGCUACUUAAUAGUAGUUUGAGUAUGGGCAUCUACAUGUAGGCUAAAGACAAUUGUUUGUUUUUACCAAAACUAUAAAAAAUGGCAGAUAUAAAAGCCACCCAGUUUAUUUCUGCACUGGUGAAGAAUUUACAAGCUGUGUGUCAUGGCCAUGUUGAAUUUGAUGAAAACAUUAAAGUUGUUGGCCAUCUUUUUCUGACUGUGGACAGCGGCACAGAAUUUAAUUAUAUUCUAAAUGAAAAAGUUUCCAAAACUGAUCAUUCGAGUAUAACCUUCAAAAGCAGAAGUUUUUAUGCUACAGAUCCUCAUCCGAAACCGGGAGUUAACCAACCAGGGGGCAAUGAGAGACCACUUAAGCCACCCAUAAAUGAUCCGCGCUAUUGGUCGAAUCAAUAUGGUGCUAUGGACAAGAAGCCCCAAAUCAUUUCGCCUCACCCUGCAUUACCAAUGCGAGAUACUCAUUUAAGUGGACAUGGUGGUCAAAUUCCUCAAAAUAGAACUGUUCAGAAACGAUCACCACAAAGAAAUCCAUCACCUCAAAGAUUUUCUAAGGUGCAAAGACUGUCUGAAGAAUCUUCGUCAAAAAGUAUUGUUAAACGCCCAGGGACCUAUGAUCAAAACCGAAUUACAGACUAUGAACAAAGUCGUGAAUCUUGUCUGUCAAUGCCUAAAAGUGGGAAGUCUGCAUCACCGCUAAUGGGUGAGGAUUCAGGAGAUGAAAGAGACUAUGAUUCCGAAAUCCAUUAUACGGAAGUGCAGAAAAAAUUAAUAAAGCAAGAAAAAAUGAAAAUGACACUCGAAAAUAAAAUUAAAUCCGAACCAAAUUCCAUUAAAGAUCCCAUAGCUAGUAUUAAACCUAAAGUUAGUCAUUCUCAUCUAGUAAUUAACCCUCCUUCCUCUGUAUCCAAACCAGUAGCUCAACCAUCAUCCAGUACAUGUACAUCCAAGUCCUCCAUUGAUAAUCAGAUUAUUGACGUUGAUUUAACUAAAGUGAAGGAGGAACCCCAAGACGAGGGCUAUAAUAAUGCUGAAAAAGCAGCUGCCUAUGCCAAAGUUCAGGAUCGGGGCCAGCAUUGGCAACAUGGAAUUGGAUCACAACCACAAGGACAAGGAGAUUAUGGGGAAGAGGGUUAUGAUGAAGAAGGGUAUGAGGAAGGGUAUGAAGGUGAUGGUUAUGAAGAAGGGUACGAAGUUGAAGGAUAUGAGGGAGAUGAAUACGAAGGAGAUGAAUAUUUUAGCACAUCACAAGAUGGGUCUAUUGGUUUAUAUCCCAUUGGUUUUGCUCAAAGAAACGAAGGUCAGUCAUCUGGUCAGGGUGGUCAGAUGAUAAAAACAAGUGUCAAUCAACAAAUGAUGUCUAAUCAGAUGAUGCAGUCUGGUCAGAUGUCACAGGGUCCAGGAAGAGUAGGAAGUACGCUAACUCAGGUUGGUAAGAAACAAGUCAAUAAAAUCCCAUGCAAGUAUUGUAGAAAAGAAUUUACGAGUGAAGCCAACCUUUCUCGUCACAUACAGUCUCAGCAUUUACAAGUUCGUGUAAAAUGUCCCAUUUGUCAUGAUACAUUCGCCCGUAAAGAAACACUUAAGAAACACAUGUUAAAAAAACACACCGAUGACGGUAAUUUGAUGGGUAGUGCUUGGGUAGCGUGUCCUAUCUGUGAAGAAGAGUUUAGUAAUAAGGAUCUAGUUAAUAAACAUGUGUUUGAAUUGCAUCGUGUUAAUCCGCCGUUUCCUUAGAAACAAAAAUAGUUCUGGCAUUUCUAAUUUAUUGCAUAGGAUGAAAGUUGUGUUAAUCCACCAUUACCUUAGCCACAAAAAAUAGUUCUGGUAUUUCUAGUCUAUUGUAUAGGAAGACAGUUUCCUUAGCAACAAAAAAUAGUUCUGGUAAUUCUAAUCUAUUGUAUAAGAUGAAAGUUGUGUUAAUCCACGGCUUCCUUGGCAGCAAAAAAAAAAGUUAUGGUAUUGCUAAUCUAUUGUAUAGGAUGGAAGUUGUGUUAAUCCACGGUUUCCUUGGCAAAAAAAAAAGAAGUUCUGGUUUUCCUAAUUGAUUGUAUUAUAUUUGAUGAAACUUGUGUUUUGACCAAAUACAAUCAAACCCAGUAUUACAUCAUGUAAAUCUGCUGUUUCCAUAGCAACAAAACAUAGUUCUGGUAGUUCUAAUCUGUUAUAUUAUGUUGGGUGAAAGUUCUGUUUUGACUAAAUUCACAAACCACUAUUCAUUGAAUUAUAUCUUGGAUGAAAGAUGUGUGCGAGAUGUUGGAUUUUUAAUAUACCAGUAUUGUAAAAUUUGAUAAAAGGCAUAAAGGGUGCAAAUAUGGACAUUUCUUAAUUUUGGUAUUUCGUGAAGAGGUUGGUGAAAUCCUAUAUAGAAAGACUAAGCCAACAGGAAAAAUACCAAAGGGUCCCAAGUUGGCAUUAUUAAUGUUAUAAAACUUGAAAAUUGAUAAAAUGCAUGCCUGCUGCAAAUCUAGACAUUAUUUUGUUAAUUUUGAUAUUUCCUGAAAAGAUUGGUGAAAUUCUAUAUAGAAAGACAUUUAUAAAAGAUUUGAUAUCAAAGGGUUGUAAUAAACUGCCGUUUUAUUCUACCAAAGUCUGAUGUACCUUCGUUUAGCAUGGGAUUAUACUAUCUUCACAUAUUUAAACAGGAAUAUAUGCAGAGCAAACAAUUUUAAAUAACGAGAUGUUUAACCAAAAACUGUUUAUUUCCGCCGGAAGAGUGAUGUACUUAAGUUGUGGGGGGUGUGGGCUGUGAAAUCUUUACUUUCAGUACAGCAUUUUUAGUUACAAACCAAUUUAUCAAUAUAAUACAAAUGCUCGGAAUAAAACUUGAGAUUUCAUUGAUGUGUAUUAUAUGUGCAAUUGCAUCUUAUUUCAUUUCAUUUCGCUACAUCAAGAGCCUGUGAGUAUAGUGCUGGUUCGCUAACCAGGGUGAUCUCCCUUCGUCAGUGAUACAGGACAUGGCCUAGCAUAGAAGAGCGUCUAGUCGUUCAAAUUGGACAGAAUAUACUGUUCGUUGCAUGUUUUGCAUGUUAAAGAUCUCUUAACAGUUGGAGUAGAGAAUAGCUCUACAGCACAAAACGUAUCGCAUAGCACACUGUAUGGCUUAUGCUGUCUUCAUUAGCCCAGUUAAUGCAGAAAACUAAGACUCUUUGUAACCGGAUUUCAUCUCAGUUCUAUAAAUUAAUUUGAAUUAAAUUUGACUGAUUCUGUUAAAUAUAGUAUUAGAAUAUAGAACAAAUUGAAAGAAACAUCUUAUUUGAUUUGACUCCGGUCAAAUAUAAUAUAGUUGGAAUAGAUAAUAUAUAGAUAGAAAUCAAUUAUCAUUAAAGUAUUCCACCAGCGAUAGCGAGUGAAAUGCGGCAGGAUAUACUCGAGUGAACCAUUGAAUAACCCCAGCGGUAUUCAAUGGUCAUUGAGUUCUGUUUUAAUUCUAUAACUACAUGCAAAUCUCAAAAUACACUGUACUAUCCAGAUUAUCAACAAACAAAAAAAUCACCAAUAACCUUAAAAUUCAUUAUAGGUUUCACCCUUUUUUUUCCUUUUUACAAAAAUUGUGUUUGCCUAGUGGUGACCCCAUUACAGUUUGAUGUAAUUCUGAAAGUGAGGUCAUUCCAGACAAAAGUAGUACUUGUCCAAGCCAUUGAAUACAACCAUAGGUUAUUCAUUGGCAGUAUUCAAUGAUAUUUGCGUGUAUUUGCAUUUAGUUAAAGAAUAAAGAAAAAUAUACAUGUAUAUCUGAUUUUUUAUCAGUAAUGUUUUACAGGUGAAUGUGUGACAAUAUAAUUUAUUUAAUUGGUGUGGUAUUACUCGAUAUCAUGAAUGGUGUACAUAUUAUUAUUAUUAUAUUGUAUAUUAUGAAAUAUAUGCAUACGUAAUGGUUUAUUUUGUGAGUAGUCCUUGGACGGUGGGGUUGCGGGGGAAGGAAUGGUAUUAAAUGUCUAUCUCUAAGUGUCAAAUUGUGAGCUUUCAGUCCCGGAUGUGACAAGGUGUUGGGUCACCUUCCCGACCUGGGUAAGAAAAGAAAAAAGCGAUGGAAGUAUCAUGGAAGAACUAAUUAACAGUUCUUAAUUAAAUUAAAUAUUUUAAAUUUGUCAUCUAACAAAGCAAUCUCGGCUCCCAGAGAUAAGUUUACUCGCCUGGGAAAACUCGCUGGCCAUUAAUCAGUCUUAAAUUAGUUGCUCAUGGUUGGCUAGAUUUGUUUGAAUGAAAUGCUGCAGAUUUUUCGACGAUUAGGCAUCGGUUCGUUGCAUGGGUUACAUAUAAAUGAUCCUUGGAACAUUUUCCACAUCUUGAAAUCAAAAGUUCCAUUGAAAACAGCCGUUAUGAUGAUUUACUGGGAACUAUUUUUAACGCUCAACAUAAGAGUGAUUUAGUUAAGUACGCAAAAUUUCUGAGCCGCCAUCUCCGGUCUUUGUGAACCGACCCACGGAAGAAUACAUCACGUGACAUUUAAAAUGACCCGCGAGUUUUCCCACCUAUAAACAAAGGGUAAACUUAUCUCUGGGAACCGAGAUUGCUAACAAAUCAGAAAUUCUAUGGUACCUCCCUUCCCAUGAUGUCACAAGCACGUGCAUGUUUUACUUAAUUGUUAAUCUAGCCCCGAAAACGUGACCUGUGUGUGUUUUCUGUUGAAAUAUAUUUUUUUUGUAAGAUUAUGGAUCUCCUCAUUAAUUAUUCACCCGUUCUUUCAUUCCUUGUAUUUUAUAUCUACUUGUGUUUGUAAAUUUUAUAAAAUCACCAUAUUUUUUUGUAAAUUGAAACAAUAUUAUUGUAUAAUUUAUUUGAAAGUUGAGAAAAAAGUUUUAUUAACACAUACUGUAACUCAAAUGAAAUUAAUGCUGACAAUCUUGUGCAAAAUAAUUUCAAAACCUGAACUGAAAAUUAAGAUCGGGCAUUAUUUACCAAUACACAACUCUCUGUUCUAUUUAUGGGCGGCUGGCGGCAGACUAAGUGUCAUUGAGUCCAAGCACAGGCACUUGAAGGGAUUAAAAUAAAACUUCUUACUACUGCUUGACUAUAUACUAUAAUAUAUAGUCGAGCAGUAGUAAGAAUUUGUAUUUUAAUCCUUUCAAGUGCCUGUGAGUCCAAGUGGCAUCAUUUUGACUCAAAGGAGUAGGGUCCUCUCUCUCUCUCUCUCUCUCUCUCUCUCUCUCUUAGCCAAUCUACUGGGCAUCAAUAAGAAUAACAACCCACAGAACAAAAGAAACGUAACUUUACAGAGAUGUUGCUACUAUAUUAUUAAUGAUGUAAUUUUGAACUUAUGGCACAAAUCGCUGUAACAAGAUGUAUAUGGGUGUGAAUAAAACCUUUAUUAAAAAAAACUA